CUCACCAGGUCACCAUCGAGAGAGCGGAUCUACAAGAUUUGUUUUUUUUUUUUAACUUGAGCAAAAAUGUCGGAUAUGAGACGUAGCUCGACCAUGAACAGCUUCGUAAAUAUGGCGUCAAUAGGGGAGUUCGAUCCGUUGACAGCUGCCAUUCCCGCCACCAAAGUUGAAAUCACAGUCUCGUGCAGAAAUCUUCUGGAUAGAGACACAUUUUCAAAGUCUGAUCCAAUUUGCAUUCUGUACACUCAGACCAUUGGAAAUAGAGAAUGGCGAGAGUUUGGCCGAACAGAGGUGAUCGACAACACCCUAAACCCAGACUUUGUGCGGAAAUUUAUCCUUGACUACUUCUUUGAGGAAAGGCAAAACCUGCGUUUUGACCUGUAUGACCUUGACUCCAAGAGUGAAAACCUGUCCAAACAUGACUUCCUGGGCCAGGCGUUCUGCACACUGGGCGAGGUGGUGGGCUCUCUGGGAAGCCGCCUGGAGAGACCUUUGAUUGGGAUUCCUGGUAAGAACUGCGGGACCAUUAUUAUCACAGCAGAGGAGCUAGGCAACUGCAGGGAAUCAGUUCUGUUGCAGUUUUGUGGAAACAAACUGGACAAGAAAGACUUUUUUGGGAAAUCAGAUCCCUUCCUCGUCUUUUACCGCAGCCAUGUAGAUGGAACAUUCACCAUCUGCCAUAAAACAGAGGUGGUAAAGAACACUCUGGAUCCAGUCUGGCAGGCGUUUAAGAUUCCUGUCCGUGUUUUGUGCAAUGGAGACUACGACAGGGAGAUAAAGAUUGAGGUGUAUGACUGGGAUCGAGAUGGCGGUCAUGACUACAUUGGGGAGUUCAGCACCAGCUACAGGGAGCUGUCCAAAGGCCAGUCUCAGUUUAAUGUGUAUGAGGUGGUAAACCCCAGGAAGAAGAAAAAGAAGAAGAAAUACAAGAAUUCUGGAACCGUGACAUUGCUGUCCUGCCUCGUAGACAUAGAAGUCACCUUCCUGGACUAUAUCAAAGGAGGAACUCAGAUCAAUUUCACAGUGGCAAUUGACUUCACUGCAUCAAAUGGUAACCCGUCCCAGCCUACCUCACUGCACUAUCUGAGCCCCUACCACCAGAAUGCCUACGCCAUGGCCCUGAGGGCAGUGGGUGAGAUCAUCCAGGACUACGACAGUGAUAAGAUGUUCCCCGCACUGGGCUUCGGUGCAAAGCUUCCACCAGAUGGCAGAGUCUCGCAUGAGUUUGCCCUGAAUGGGAAUCCUGAUAACCCCUACUGCAGUGGAAUAGAGGGGGUGAUGGAGGCUUACUACCAGAGCCUCAAAUCAGUCCGACUCUACGGCCCCACUUACUUCUCACCUGUAAUCAAUCAUGUAGCCAGAUAUGCUUCCCUUGUGAGAGAUGGCUCAGAGUACUUCAUCCUCCUCAUCAUCUCUGACGGUGUCAUCUCAGAUAUGGCACAAACGAAAGAAUCUAUUGUCAAUGCUUCUUGUCUUCCAAUGUCAAUAAUAAUUGUUGGAGUAGGACCUGCUGAAUUUGAUGAAAUGAUUGAGCUGGAUGGAGAUGAAGUGAGAAUUUCAUCCAGAGGAAGAUUUGCUGAGAGGGACAUUGUUCAGUUUGUGCCAUUCAGGGAUUACAUCGACCCCAGGGGCAACCACAUCUUGAGCAUGGCUCGUCUGGCCAAAGACGUCCUAGCUGAAAUACCAGACCAGUUUCUGCACUACAUGAGAACCAGAGGCAUCAAGCCACAGCCUCCACCUCAGUCCUACACCUCCAAACCCUCAUCAGUACCGAUGCAGACCCAGAUCUAAGGUCACAAAGACAGUCCCACCACUCUCUCUUUGUCCCGCUCCUUUGGACUAACAAAGGCAUUUUUACUUUGAUCAGAGGACUCAAGCUCUUAGUAGCAUCCUGAAAUUUGAAGAUGUUUACCAAGUUGCCAGACCAGGGAAAUAGAAUUGUUUUCCCGGAGUGUCAUUGUAAGGCUUCCUGCAAUGGGAAAGAUGUGAAUUUUAUUUUUUGAUCUUCCAUAGCUCCUCUGCAUUCAAAUGACAUCACACUGUUGUCACAAAUCUCUCUUGAGAAAAAAAUGUUUACAAUUGUACUGAUUUCUACUGAUGGUUAAUUUUAUACUUUUUCAUGCUAUAAGACGUGUUUUUUCAGAGGUUAUAAAUAUGUCAGCCCAGAGACUGAAGCUGCCAGGAGAGAGGAAACCUUUUGAGUUAUUUCUGUGUGAAAAUAGGCAUGUUAAAUGUGAUGCGCAUGCAGUGUCAUCUCAGACCGAGUUCUCCCUCCACUGAAACAUGUCACACAGACAUUGUGUCUGUGAGACCAACUGUAGCUCCCAAUCCGUACCUAAAUGCCUCAAAAUGGGGACAACUUCUUCACCGACUGGACAGCCUUAUCCUCAGCACACUCACUGACGCUGCUUAAAAGGAUAUGGUGACUGUGUGUCCAGGGCCCAGCUGUCAAAAACAUGACCACAUUAUAAUUUUUAUUGUCUUAAAAUAUGCAUAUGCUGUUAUAUGUUUCUUGCCUUCUUCAUUCAAAGUAAUGGGAAGAAUUUCAUGUUAUGGUUCUAUGUCAAUAUGUUGUAUGCUUUUCUCACCCAUGAGAUUCUCAGUUGUUCAUUUGCAAGUUGAGUGUUUAUAUUUUAAUGAUGCUGAGGACAGAAAGACAUUUUUUAAAAGACAGAAACUGAGCCAUUUUGUCUUUGUAUAUGUAAUAAUCAGCAAUGGUCACACAGUGAUACAUGCAGACGGUCAGAGAUAUGCUGUGUCUUUGAGAAGGACCACAGGCAACCAAUCAGAUUGAGAAGCCUACAAUUUUCUGCAGUGUCCUUGUUUUAUCCACCUACUUGUGACUUAAGAACCGAGUUAAAUGGUGACGGUAUAUUUACAUUUAUACAAUUAUUACAGAACACAUUUCACUGCCAUUACUUCUAGUGCAAGUAAAUCCUGUUCUGCAGCACCAUACUUGUGCUUGUAUUUUACAGAGAUAAAAACUACACAAAUAAUUACAUCACUAACUGUAUAUAUUUAAAU